GAUUAAUCUUCCGCAUUUGGAUCUGAUUCCAAACUCCUACGGAAGAACAUGGCAGGAGCGGCCUCCGCUCUGUUUCUGCUUGAUAUCAAGGGACGCGUUCUCGUCUGGCGUGAUUACCGUGGCGAUGUCUCCGCUGCUCAAGCCGAGCGAUUCUUCACUAAGCUCAUCGAGAAAGAGGGUGAUUCACAGUCAAAUGAUCCAGUUGCUUACGAUAAUGGGGUUACUUAUAUGUUUGUACAACAUAGUAAUGUAUACUUGAUGAUAGCAUCCAGACAGAAUUGUAAUGCUGCCAGUCUUCUCUUCUUUCUUCACCGCGUAGUCGAUGUUUUCAAGCAUUACUUCGAGGAGUUAGAAGAGGAAUCGUUGAGGGAUAACUUUGUGGUUGUGUAUGAGCUACUUGACGAGAUGAUGGACUUUGGUUACCCUCAGUAUACCGAAGCAAGAAUUCUCAGUGAAUUCAUCAAGACUGAUGCAUAUAGAAUGGAAGUUACACAGAGACCUCCAAUGGCUGUGACAAAUGCCGUCUCCUGGAGGAGUGAGGGAAUCCAGUACAAGAAGAAUGAAGUUUUCUUGGACGUAAUUGAGAAUGUAAAUAUUCUUGUCAACAGUAAUGGGCAAAUUGUCAGGUCUGAUGUUGUUGGAGCACUGAAGAUGCGAACUUACUUGACUGGAAUGCCAGAGUGUAAGUUAGGACUGAAUGAUAGAGUAUUGCUGGAAGCACAGGGACGAGCAACAAAGGGGAAAGCCAUUGAUUUAGAAGACAUCAAAUUUCAUCAGUGUGUUCGAUUGGCCCGUUUUGAAAACGAUAGGACGAUAUCUUUCAUACCACCUGAUGGGGCUUUUGAUCUGAUGACAUAUAGACUUAGCACUCAGGUAAAGCCUCUUAUAUGGGUGGAAGCGCAAAUAGAAAGUCAUUCCAGAAGUCGUGUUGAGAUGCUUAUAAAAGCUAGAAGUCAGUUCAAGGAACGAAGCACCGCAACGAACGUUGAGAUUGAGUUGCCUGUACCAACCGAUGCAUCUAACCCCACCGUUAGGACAUCUCUAGGGUCUGCCUCGUAUGCUCCUGAAAAAGAUGCGUUAGUCUGGAAAAUCAAAUCUUUCCCCGGAAACAAGGAGUACAUGUUAAGGGCAGAGUUCCAUCUUCCAAGUAUUACUGCAGAGGAAGCAACACCUGAGCGAAAAGCUCCUAUCCGUGUCAAAUUCGAGAUCCCUUACUUCACUGUUUCAGGGAUUCAGGUUCGGUACCUAAAGAUAAUUGAGAAGAGCGGGUACCAAGCACUUCCAUGGGUGAGAUACAUAACCAUGGCUGGUGAGUACGAACUAAGACUCGUGGUUUUACUCAAAAACCUCCUCGUUGUCGUUGCUUACUACUCCGACGAGAAAAUGGCGAUGCGACAUUUGAGCCGAUCGAGAGACGUCACAAAGAGAUCGACGAAGAAGUACAUCGAAGAACCUCUUUACCAUCGACUCUUCAAAGAUGGCGGCACAGAGGUCAAAGUUCGGCAGCAGCUGAAUCAGUUCCUCAAAGGCACUAAACACGUCUUCAAAUGGGAAGUCGGAGAUACAAUCAAGAAACUCCGAAAUCGCGGCCUCUAUUACCCAGCUCUCAAGCUAUCUGAAGUUAUGGAAGAGAGAGGUAUGAACAAGACAGUGAGUGAUCAAGCAAUCCAUCUUGAUCUUGUUGCUAAAGCUCGGGGAAUUACUGCUGGGGAGAAUUAUUUUGUUGAUCUUCCGGAAACAUCUAAGACAGAACUCACGUAUGGGUCUCUUUUGAACUGCUACUGCAAGGAGUUGUUGACGGAGAAAGCGGAAGGUUUGCUGAACAAGAUGAAAGAGCUCAAUAUUACUCCUAGUUCCAUGUCUUAUAACAGUCUCAUGACUCUUUACACCAAGACAGGUCAGACUGAGAAAGUUCCAGCGAUGAUCCAAGAAUUGAAGGCGGAGAAUGUAAUGCCGGAUUCAUACACGUACAAUGUCUGGAUGAGGGCUUUGGCUGCUACGGAUGAUAUUUCUGGUGUUGAGAGAGUUAUCGAAGAGAUGAAUAGAGAUGGUAGAGUUGCUCCAGAUUGGACUACGUAUAGCAAUAUGGCAUCGAUAUAUGUUGAUGCUGGACUGUCUCAGAAAGCUGAGAAGGCCCUUCAGGAACUGGAGAUGAAAAACACGCAACGGGAUUUUACUGCAUAUCAGUUUCUUAUUACUUUGUAUGGACGUCUGGGAAAACUGACUGAAGUUUACAGGAUUUGGCGUUCGUUGAGGCUGGCUAUUCCGAAAACCUCAAAUGUAGCUUAUCUAAACAUGAUACAAGUGCUGGUCAAGUUGAAUGAUUUACCGGGUGCUGAGACACUGUUCAAGGAAUGGCAAGCUAACUGUACUACUUAUGACAUCAGGAUUGUAAAUGUGUUGAUUGGAGCUUAUGCUAAAGAGGGUUUCAUCGAAAAAGCAAAAGAGCUCAAGGAGAAAGCUCCCAGAAGAGGUGGCAAGGCCAAUGCUAAAACCUGGGAGAUCUUCAUGGAUUACUAUGUAAAGAGCGGUGAUAUGGCUCACGCACUCGAGUGUAUGUCUAAGGCAGUUUCUAUCGGCAAAGGAGAUGGUGGCAAGUGGCUACCGUCACCUGAAACAGUCAGAGCUAUGAUGAGCUAUUUCGAGCAAAAGAAAGAUGUUAAUGGAGCUGAGAAUUUGUUGGAGAUUUUAAAGAAUGGAACAGAUAACAUAGGAGCAGAAAUCUUUGAACCAUUGAUAAGAACAUAUGCAGCAGCGGGAAAGAGUCAUCCUGCUAUGCGUCGACGUCUGAAGAUGGAAAACGUGGAGGUUAAUGAAGCGACAAAGAAGCUACUUGAUGAAGUAUCUCAGGAGGUGUGAGGUCUGUACCAUCUCUUUCCCCUUCAUUAUUUCCUUCAGGCGACACAUUAUUAGUUGUGUUAGGGGCACUUGCGUUGUCACAGCUCUGUUUCUUAUUGGUAAUAAAAAUAGGAUCUGAAU